AGUCACACGAGCCACCGAUCUACUCCACAGUCUCCCUUACACACUUCGGGCCCCUGUAGCCAUAGUGCUCGCGGCCUUUACACAAGCUAUAUAAGCUGACAAAGUUCUAGUUAACGGCGUACAAGUGCAACUACGGUAACGCGAGGUGUUACUCGUGAAACCGUGGGAAUUCGCGCCACUUUUUUUAUAUCAAUUUGAAUUUUCCCGCCAUACGAACCACCUGGGAUACACCGCUUACGAGGCACUCGGGUAUAGAGGAUAUAUAAUAGAACGUGAGCGGUUUUUAAAAAAAAGAUGGCCGCCGGUACGUGGAUAUUGGAUGUCAUCAUGAUGGCACUGUGCGUCGUGACAGGAAUUCAUUUUUCCGACGCCCUACAGCGCGGUUCCACGGACUAUGAAGAUAUGUCCUUCUGGAUGAAAUCGGGCCAGGAACAUCUUCAGAGGGUCCUGUCUUUGCGGAACAAUGAGAACCAAGCAAAAAACGUGAUAAUUUUUGUCGGCGACGGAAUGGGACUGUCUACCGUCACGGCUGGUAGAAUAUUCAAAGGUCAGGCAAAAGGAACAACCGGCGAGGAGUACAAAUUGGCAUUUGAGAAAUUCCCCAGUUCCGGAUUAUCGAAGACUUACAACGUGGAUAAACAAGUACCAGAUUCUGCGGGCACAGCAACCGCCAUGUUUUCCGGUGUUAAAUGCCGAUAUAAGGUGAUUGGACUGGACGGUCACGCCGUUUACAAUGAGUGUGACGCAAAGAUCAAUGAAAAAAGUAAAUUGACGACAAUCGUCGAUUGGGCACAAGAAUCUGAAAAGGAUACAGGUUUUGUGACCACAACACGUAUCACCCAUGCAACUCCAGGCGCAUUGUAUGCACAUACAAACAAUAGAGACUGGGAAUGCGACACGUCAAUUCCAGAAAAGUACAAAAAUUGCGCAAAGGACAUUGCAAGGCAAUUGGUGGAAGAUGCACCUGGUAAUAAUUUGAAAGUCAUCAUGGGUGGCGGUGGACAAAACAUGGGUUUACCUAUCUACCAAAGAAAUCAAUCUGAAACUUGCGUCAGAAGCGAUGGCGUGAAUUUGGCAGAAAUAUGGAAAAAUAAUAAUCCUGAUGGUAAAGUCGUCACGAAUACCCGCGACCUCAUGACCCUUGACAUCGCCAACACUUCUAAGAUCAUGGGAAUCUUUGCACCUAGUCACAUGCCUUUUCAUGCUGUCAGAGAUACGAGUCCCGAAGGAACACCGACAUUGGCUAACAUGACGCUGCAAGCGAUAAGAUUAUUGCGAAAAAACAAAAAUGGAUUUCUACUCAUGGUGGAGAGCGGAAAGAUCGAUAUAGCGCAUCAUUAUAAUUACGCAAAACUCGCACUUCGCGAGGUUUCUGAACUGGAGGAGGCAGUACUGGUGGCUCUUCAACAGGUCAGACUCGACGAGACUCUGAUAAUUGUGACAGCUGAUCAUUCACACAGUUUCACGAUGAACGGUUAUCCUGCGAGGGGUAACGACAUUCUUGGUUACACGACGAAUUUAAAUGAGAAAAAUGUACCACCGUACGAGACCCUGACUUACGCCAAUGGUCCUGGUUUCUUCUAUCAUCUCAACAACGACAGUAGCAACGUUAACGACAUCUGGCGGCCGAUCGAGAAAAUUCCUAACCGUGACGAAGAUCCGUAUUACAGGAAUUUUGCUGGUUUUUAUAUGAAGGACGAAACACAUGGUGGCGAAGACGUAGCCGUUUAUGCUAUAGGGCCAUAUUCACACCUGUUUCGUGGUACCUUCGAACAGAAUUACAUUGCUCACGUGAUUGCGUAUGCGGCCUGCCUCAAGAAUUGGCCGUCCCAUUGUGAUAAGGCUUAUCAUCGAUACUUUUACGAACUUUCGAGUCCAGCUGCAAUGACAACUCCAUCUUGUAUAAUUGUUCUUGUGUUUAUUACGCUACUGGGACUGACGAAUCGUUGAUAAGUUUGUUCUUCGAACCUUUAUAGUACAAUCGUAGCAAUUUUAUCGUAAAUUAGUGCCAAGAUCUGUUUUAUCGAUCGACUUGCACUCACUGAGUCGUAUUGUGAAACAGACGGAUAGAUGGCGCGUCGAGCGCGAUAAACGCUGCUUUAUUUUGUUUUUUGUUAGAACAAAUUCAAAGAUAGUAAUUCACGGAGUAAGAUAAGAAUUUUUAUUUAUGUACAGUCGCAAUCAAGAUUUGUUUCAUAAAAUGCAAAGGAUUUUUAAUUAGUUAAUAUUUAAUACAAGUUAUACUUCAGGUUUGCUGUAUAAAACUCUGAAAAAUUCAUUUUUUAACAAAUUUACUCACUGCUCUUUCACUCGUGCAUUUUAAUUGUCCUGAAAAAUUGCCCUUAGCUGUAAUAAUAUUUAUAUUGAUAACCUAACAAGUCCAUCAAGUCGGACAGUAUUUCCUUCAAGCAAACGCGUAAAGAGAUUGUAAAUUGUUGCAACUAUUUUUCGGAAAUAACUAUUUUACCAUUUUUAUGACUCCCCACCGGCAAGACGUUUACUGCAUUAAUAAAAAUGUUAUGUAAAUAAUUAUUAAACGUA